UGGUGAGUAGAGCAAAGGAACGCCACAACUGCGAGGACGCUUACCUAGGCCGGAUGACAUCCGUGUGUGGGAGACAGAAACUGAUGGGAACAGACACUUACCAUGAAAGAAACUGACAGUAGAGACAGUGGCGGAGAUGCAGACUGGGGCGAAGGGGCGGAGAGCGCCGAGGAGGAGGCGCCCAUGAGGCGCAGUUUUUCGGUGGAGGACCUGCUGGACGAGGUGGGGAGGAUCGGCAGGGUACCAUCGGCGGACUCCAAGGUGGAGAUCGUGGUGAGGCUGUGGAAGGAGGGCUUCACGGUGAACGACGAGGAGUUCCGCUGCUACUCCCAGGACGAGAACCAGCAGUUCCUGGAGGCCAUAAAACGAGGGGAGCUGCCGGAGGAGCUGGAGCUGCGCUCGGAGGAGGGCGAGCUGGAGGUGAUCAUGCAGGACAUGAAGGAGGAGCCGUACGUCCCGCGCAAGAAGAGCUUCCACCCGUUCACGGGCCGGGGGUACCGGCUGGGCAGUGUUGCUCCACGUGUCGUGGCCCGGUCCCCCUCCCUGCACGAGGACAGAGACCCUCCCAUCCCAUUGGUGGAGCUCAACGACACCCAGCCAAUCACCAGCCUUCAGAUCUGGCUGGCGGACGGGCGAAGACUGGUGCAGAGGUUUAACCUCUCUCACAGGAUCAGUGACGUGCAGGACUUUGUGGAGCAGUCCGAGCGCACGGGCCUCCCGUUCGUGCUGACCACCUCGCUGCCCUUGCGGGAGCUGCGGGAGCAGGACCUGAGCCUGGCGGAGGCCGACCUGUCCAAUGCCGUCAUCGUGCAGCGCCCCCUCAACAGCCAGCCCCCCUUCGGACACUCCUGACUGGGGCAGGCACCCCAACAUCCCCCCCCCCCCCCCCCCCCCCCCCCCCCCCCGCACCCCUCGAAUGCUCCUGGGACACCCCAACAUCCAGCACCCUCUCCAUUGCGCUUCGGAAACCCCCUAUAUCCGGCACCAUUCUGGACAUUGCUGACUGGGGGACACCCUGACACCCGCCCAUCCCCCCCCACCCCCUCCUUGUACACCCACUGCCCCAUUCCUGCAGACGGGGGGCUGGAUAUGGGACCCCCUCCUGUGUAGAGACUUCUGUAACAACACUACUGCAGUCACCACACAAUCUGGGGAAAAUGUUUUUUUUAUAUUUUUAACCCCCCCCCCCGGGAAAAACUGUCUGUUAAUUUCUGAUUUCUGUUUUUGUCCAUCAACUCUAAGGAGUGGUGUAAUGAUAUCCACAUGAACAGUAAUGAUUUUAAAACAUAAUAAAAAAUUGUGUUGAUGGAUGAAGCAGAGGGGAAUAUAAUCUGAAAUGUAGGGUUAAGUCCCGCCCCCUCACAUGGUGUGGGUUACCAAGGUUACAUGAAAACCCUGCAGAUGGUUUAAUUGUACAGGAGGGUAUGUGAGUGUAGAAGAGAGUGAAUGAGUUCUUUCUUUUUAAAAAAGCAUCAGAGCAAUAUGUGUGAGUUGCAGUAACUAUGUGGAGAGACAGACUGUGUCUGUGAAAGAUUAGAGACCCAACCCUCAACAAUAAAGUCACACCCUCGACAAUGAAGUCACACCCUUAGCAAAGAGCUGUCACUCUCAUCCAUAAGCAACUCCCGCAACAAUAAGUCUCUCCAAAAUAAGCUCCACCCUCAAUACCAAACCGCACCCUAAUAAAAAAAACACCCUCACAUUUUCAGAUUUA